AUGAAGAAGAGGAACGCGAGGAAGGACGAUUCUUCGCUGGCCCAGAAGCCUCCAAAACUCCAGCCGAAGAAGAAGGAAAAGACAUCAACAUCGUGGCUGAAAGUCGUGGUCUUGUCGCUGACUGCUGUCGUCGUGUUGGGAUUCUCUGUGAAAAUCCUCCCUGUGCUAAUCCAGCAGUUUGUUUUCAUGUACAGACUUCGACUGCCGUUCUUUGUGGACCUGAGCCGACCUGCCGACUUCUCCCUCAAUCACACGGUGAACAUGUAUCUGACGCCACAAGACGGAAUCUCUCUGGGAGUUUGGCACACUGUCCCUGAAAGUCAAUGGAAGGCGGCACAAGGGAAAGACCUCAACUGGUAUCAGAAAUCUUUGGGAGACGGAAGUCCAGUUUUUAUUUAUCUACAUGGAAACACGAACAACAGAGCCGCCCCACAUCGCAUUGCAGUUUCACAAAUCCUGAGUUCUCUGGGUUAUCAUGUGCUGGUGCCAGACUACAGAGGGUUUGGUGACUCGACCGGACAACCCACUGAGGCCGGCCUGAGCACCGACGCCCUCUACCUGUACGACUGGGUCAAAGCACGGAGCAGCAGCAGCAGCCUGGUGGUUCUGUGGGGACACUCUCUCGGCACGGGGGUUUCAACAAAUAUUGCAGUGAAACUUCAGGAAAAGGGUGUGGUUCUUGAUGGCGUCAUUCUUGAAGGAACGUUUAAUUCUGCUCGACAGAAAAUGGGUGGAGUCUCUCCGUUCUAUUGGUUUUAUGCCAGUCUUCCUGGUCUGAGAUAUUUAUUUACACCCGAGAAGAAGGCAGUUUUUCCAUCGGAGGAAAAUGUUAAGAAAAUGAAGUGCCCAAUACUGUUCCUACACUCAGAGGACGAUCAUUUAGCCCCUAUUGAGAUUGUUCAGCAGCUUUAUGAAAUAGCGGCGAGUUCCCAGAGCAAAGAUCGGGUCAAACUUGUCACAUUUGAUGGAAGCAAAGGAUAUCUCCAUAACGGCCUUUACCGAGACCCGGAGCUGCCUGCCGUCUUAAAAAAUUUUGUGGAGUCUUUAUAG